UGGUACACAAAAGCAGCUCUCCUUUCUCUCUCUAAAUUACGGAACUCAAAACAAGGUUUAGCACAAAUCCGAAGCGAAAGAGCGACAGAAAAGAGAAAUUUAAAAAAGGACACGAAAGACUGCUGCUAUCACUUCACUCUCCCUUUGUUUAGGCUCAGUCUCUCUCUAGCCGCAGACAACUUAACGGUUCGCCGAGCCAUAUCGGCGACGCCGAUUUAACCGUACGCCGGAGAUCUUCGCGAAUCGUUGGCUGUUUCUGGAUCUCUGGACCUUUUCUCCCCCUGUUCAGUGCCCUGGAUUAACUCUCAUUUGUUAAUACUGUUUUUGUUUUCCUGUUUUCUCCAUAUCAACUCGGGACAGUGACAAUAAUAUCAUCAAGAGGUAUACAAAAUGAUUGGAUCAUUUCUCACAAGAGGACUUGUGAUGGUUUUUGGCUAUGCUUAUCCUGCUUAUGAGUGCUAUAAGACUGUUGAAAAGAAUAAGCCUGAAAUUGAGCAUCUUCGGUUUUGGUGCCAGUACUGGAUUUUGGUGGCUGUGUUGACAGUUUGUGAGAGAAUUGGAGAUGCUUUUAUUUCAUGGGUUCCAAUGUAUAGUGAAGCUAAGCUGGCAUUUUUCAUAUACUUGUGGUACCCUAAGACUAAGGGAACUACCUAUGUGUAUGAUUCCUUCUUCAGACCAUAUGUUGCAAAGCAUGAGGAUGAAAUUGAUCGCAACUUGUUGGAACUAAGAACUAGAGCUGGAGAUAUGGCGUUUUUAUACUGGCAAAGGGCUGCAAGCUAUGGUCAGACGAGAGUUUUUGAGAUUUUACAGUAUAUUGCUGCACAGUCAACUCCUAGGCCUCGCCCUGCUCAGCCACAACAGCAAGGUGCUAGGCCUCACCAACCUGCUACUGCUCCAAAUCGUCAACCUUCUACUACUUCCAACCGGCAACCAGCUGCAGCACAACCAGAGACUGAAGAACCCCCAUCCCCCACUUCUAGCGCAUCUUCGAGUCAACACCAAAUGGAGGUGGCAGAAGAGGUGGGUCCUUCAGAAGUGCAAAAAGCAACUCCUGCAAUAGUCUCAAAUGCGCAGAAAGCUCCUUCCUCUUCCAAUGCUCAAAAAGCAAAUGCUACUACAUCUGAAACUUCCAGCCAGACCAAGGCAGAAGCAAUGCAAGUUGAAGCAGCGCCUUCAUCAACAAAUGAAAAUGCAAACCCUCCCACAAAAGAGAGUAGUAUGGAAGAAGCCUUUAGGGUUACACGUGCCAGAUUGAGGAAAAGCCGUUCUGGACCAAAAACUUAAAGACUCGUUUCAGACCUUUCCCAAUUUUAGAUUACAGAACUAGCAGUGAGUCAGUAGGUGGGUGGUGAAUGGUUCUUGGAUCAUUGUUGUUGUCGUUUAUGUAAAUUUGUCGCCUUCCAUUUUCUCAUUCCAUUUGUUGCUUUAUUUUUUGAAAAUGAAUUGGCAGAUGAAGGGUGUGGGUUUGAUAGGAGACAAUUGAUGCUACUUUAGAAAUGAUAAAAGUGAAGAUACAGUUCUAAGUUGUUGAAAAGGAUCAAUUGAAAAACAUAAAGAUGGAACGGUGCUUUCGGGGCCA